CUCAUAUGAUUGCAGGAAACUAAUUUUGAAAGGGUUCCUGGGAUGUAAGUGUUGAUAGAAUGAAAAUGGACUUCUGUGAUAGCUUUUGCAUUUUUGCAUUUCCUUUUGCCACAAAGAAUAGUUGUAUAUGGAUGAAGUGGCAUUUGCUGGCUCUUUAGUCUUCCGUUGGUUUAAGCGUGAUGGUCAGAAUGACACUGACUGUUUAUUAAAAGAGCACUGCUUGCCCGGUGGCCUGAGUAGAGUCUUAGUUACCAGUCCAGAGAGAACUGGAGUGAAGCUGGUCCAGCGGGUAAAGAAAGGCGCCUUAGCGAGCGUGGUGCAUUUCUGUCAGCUGCUUCCCUUCUCUGGAGCUGUGCGGCUGGUGGUCUUGCAAGCGGUGUGGUUCCGUUCCUAGGAUUUCCUGGGGGUCCAGGAGCAGGGCAUGUUCUUCUCAGCCUGGGCUUGCAGAUGGACAAUGGCCGUGUUUCUGGCUCUUUGGUAGGCACUGUGCUGCUCCCGCAGAGGUCUUUUCCUGCCUUGCAGCUUGGCAGCAGAGGAGAUGUCCCCUAAAGAGCCACCAGUUGGUCCCUCCCUCCCCCUCAUUUUCAUUUGGCUCUACUCAGCCAUUCAGAAGGCUGGCAUUGACCAGAGAAACAAAGGGCUCUUUCAGGCCCCAGGCUUUUGUUAAUAUUCCCCGUUUCUCUUCCCCCUUUCCUAGUCCCAUUGUUAAUCCUCAAGCAGUCUCAGUGGCUUUGGGGAAGAAAUGUUCCACGGUUGUAGGGGAAGUUAGAGGUCUGAAGGUGCCAAUUUCCCCAUCAGUUGUGCCCUGAUCACCAGCGAGAGUGGAAAGGCACUGGUUUAAAGUGACAUUGGUUGGGAAGGUCUGCCUGCCUGUUGUGGUGGCUGCAGCGCCCUUAAACUUGCGGGGCUCAAGCCUGCUCCGUCCAGACCCCCUUGCAGAGGUAACGCUGUUCUGAACCUUUUCUCUCCCAGCCAACGGUUCCCAUCAACUCCCAGUUGUCAUAGUUGGGGGUGAUGGGAAUUGUACCCCAAUAGACUUUGGAGAUGCUAGAUUCGACAGGGCUGGGCUACUUGUUCUUUGGAUUUAUAGCCUGCUUCACCUCCUCUUGGAGCUCAAGGGGCGUAGAUGCCAUUUCCCUCUGAAUUUAAGAAGGCAGGUGGCUUUGCUAGGUCACCUCCUGGUGAAACUGUCCUGGAAUGCUGUGCAAUGCUGUGCAAUGGUCCACAGUGGACGUUCAGACAGUGCUGGACUGGGGUGCUGCUGUAGGUUAGCUUCCCGAGGAAUAUUUGUACUGUGUGUUCCUAUGAGCAGCUGAUCUUUUUUUCAUUCUCUCUCCCUGGUUUCCAAGUAACAUGCUUCUGGUGUGCUCGCAAGGGUACAAGUCAGUGCAGGGUAAGGCUGAUGGAGCAGGCAGGCGCUUGGAUUGUGAGCAUGGCAUGGAUCGCCAGGUGUGGACAGAGCGCCGAGCAGAGCCGCCGCUCGAGCUUGUGGGACGAACCGGACCGUGGCCUUCCUCCUGUGGAGCGGCUCCUUCCCAGGUGCCGUGAAGCACGUGGUGAAGGUUCCUGAGAAGCAGAGGGUGCUGGCCGGGUGACCCACACAGAUCAAGGCUCAGGGCUGGAAAGGAGUGGCUCAGUUUAAUAGCAGGAUAAGGGAAGGGAUUGGGCGCAGAAGCAACAAAACCCAUUUCAACAGAGCUGCUUUAACCAGCAGUUUUUCUCCUCAAACUUUCCUGUUUUAAAGUUGUUUUGAUAUGUAUUGUUUGGUAGUUUCCUAGAACUAAAUCACUUGCUGUCAACAGCAGUCUUAAAAAAAAGGUGCCUUUUUUUCUUUUUUUACUUUAGAGAGAGCAAGAUGGAUUUAUUCCCUCGCAGCUCUUUCUAAACUCACGCAUAAGCUGUGAUUAGGUAAAAAUAAUUCAACCCCCUAUUGCUUUCAGAAAUGGAUCCUGAGAGUUUAGCUUCCCCCCCUUUUUUUUAAUCAGGUCGAGGUAUAAGCUUUGUCCCUUUACCUCAGGGAUAACAGCACCUGUUAUCCUGGCCCUUUCUCCUAAUUUUGGUUACUGCCUUGGUGAAAGUUUGCUAGUACCCCUGGAGAGGGCUUUGCUGUGGAGAUGCCGCUCUUAAGAGGUAAAUGAGGGAAGCUGGACAACAAGCGGCAGGGAGGCUUCUCAGGGAUGACAGGAAGACUAUAAAAGAGGCAGCAGCAAGAGGUUAUAGGAAAGAGGGUCAGUUUUGUUUAUCUCAUUUUCUGAGUUCGUGAAUGUUACGUAGUAUCAUAUGUCUGCAUUUCAAAAUACAGAACACACACGUGUUUUGCUAUGUCACUCUUUUGGCAAUAUGACAUGUCACGUGAUGGACUUUUUAUUUUUAAUACAUAUGCCUGUUUAUUAGCUCAGGUUUCUGUUUCUUGAUGUUUGAAAAGCAUCAGUCGGAUCUGCAGUUUGGUCAGGGACGUGUGGCUUAUAAUGGGAUUUUCUAAACCAGCUGGACAUCCUGUGGGAUUAUUUGGGGGAAACAGAGCUCACAUUGAUGGAGGAAAGCUUACAAGCUGAGGCUGAGAUUCUGGGUUCUACAGGAAGUGGUUUUUCAACGCAUACAUCCAAAUUCUCUGUGAGGCAAUGUGCAUUAGAAUCCCCCGGGGACCUGUACAGCAGCCCCUGGAGGAUCGGAUCUUCACUCCCACUGUCUCGGCUGUGUACAGCACUGUUACACAGGUGGCAAGACAGCCAGGUCCUCCUGCCCCCUCCCCUUACUCUGCUCAUGAAAUAAGCAAGGGGCAUCCUGCCCUUGCUGCCACACCCCCAGGACAUGCCUCCUCCCCUGGCCUCACCCAGUUUGCAGCGGGGCCUCGACCUGCCCACCACCAGUUUUUCCAGAGGCCUCAAAUACAGCCGCCUCGAGCUGCCAUCCAGAACAGCAGCCCUUCCAUCCGCCCAGGCGCACAAACACCCACGGCCGUCUAUCAGACCAAUCAGCACAUCAUGAUGGUCAACCACCUCCCCAUGCCCUACCCGAUGCCUCAGGGCCCCCAGUACUGUAUUCCACAGUAUCGGCACAGCGGCCCUCCUUACGUGGGGCCCCCACAACAGUAUCCUGUUCAGCCCCCAGGGCCUGGUCCGUUUUAUCCAGGACCGGGGCCUGGAGAAUUCCCCAAUGCCUACGGAGCCCCUUUCUAUCCGAGUCAGCCAGUGUAUCAGUCAACGCCCAUCAUAGUGCCUACCCCACAACAACAGCCGCUCCCGCCCACCAAGCGGGAGAAGAAGACGAUCCGCAUCCGGGAUCCGAAUCAAGGGGGCAAAGACAUAACAGAAGAAAUUAUGUCUGGCGGAGGGAGCAGGAACCCCACGCCUCCUGCUGUCCGGCCCACCUCUACCCCUACACCUCCCCAGCAGCAGCUGCCCAGCCAGGUCCCCGAGCACAGCCCUGUGGCCUGCGGGACUGUGGAGAGCUCUCCCCUUCCUGCCAGCAGCCCCGUCACGGCGACUAGCGGCCCGAAGCAAGAAGAGAAGCCUAAAACAGAUCCAGUAUUAAAAUCUCCUUCCCCUGCCCUCAGACCAGAGCCUAGUGGAGAGAGGAAAGAGCAAACGGGCCUGACUGCGGAGACCCCCCCCUGCCCGGAGACCUCCUUGGAGCUUCCUGGUCCUGCUUUAGCCUCCCCACUUGCAGUCGUGGCUCCCAGCAAGUCGCCACUUGCAUCUGGCUCGGAGGAUGGCUGCGAACUGGCUUCCCUGCCACAGGAGGCUCCUCCGCUUCCCAGGGCUGUGCCCUGCGUGGAACUGCCCACCUGCCCCUUGACAGAGGAGGCCGACCCAGAGAGAUGCCGGGAGCCCUCUAGAAUAGUCCCCAACGACCUUCACGUGACUCCUAGUACUAAUCUAAUUAACGAACUCAAUGGGGUUCCUGAAAGGGUAACUGUGAGCGACGACAUCCUAGAACUUGGUGGGCCACAGGAGGCCGUGCUGCCAGCCGUGGAACUGGCGAGUCAAGAGACAGAAGUUGAAAGCGUGCCGCCUGCUGCUUCCAUGGUGCUCCCUGGCUCCCCCUCACCGCCUCCAAGACCUCCCCACUCCCCCCUUCCCCUGCCUGUCACCCUUGCCCCCCAUCUCCCCCCCUCUCCUCCCUGCUCGCCUUCCCCUCCUCUCCUGCCGUGCGGUGCUCUCCCUGCACUUCCGGGGGAUUUGGACAGAGAGGAGACUCUCAAGCCAACUCUUAGUGAAGAUGCUCCUGAUGCAAAAGACGAGUUGGAGGUGGAUGGCCAGCCGGAAGAGGCGGCGGCGGCGGCAGCCCCACAUGACUUCCAGGGCUUGAGUGCCAAGAAAGGCCUGGGAGCAGCCCCAACAGCUGUAACUGCACCAAAGAUGUGGAAGAAACCAAAAGAACGGAGCCAGGCGGCCGAGGAGGGGCUGGAGGCGGAGCCUGAGCCUAAGGUGGAAGAGGACCUUGGAGGGGACCGAAUACUUGAACCCGAGCAAGAGGCCAUGAGCCUUGGGAGGGCCUCUCCUUCCAGCCUGAAAAUAGCAAAAGUGACGGAAGAAAACGGCGAGCAGGAGGGAGACUCUCUCCGUAACGGUGCUGAGGGUGUUUCCGAGAAGGAAGAAGGUUGCACGGAGAGUGCCAGCGAAGCCCCAGCCCUCCCGUAUAAACCAGACCAGUGGAAGCCUACGGACACCGAAGGGAAGAAGCAGUACGACCGAGAUUUCCUGCUGGACUUCCAGUUCAUGCCUGCCUGCAUCCAGAAGCCAGAAGGGCUGCCGCCAAUCAGCGAUGUCGUCCUCGACAAGAUCAAUCAGCCCAAAUUGCCUCUUCGAACUUUGGACUCUCGGAUAUUGGCCCGGGGUCCAGACUUCACACCAGCGUUUGCUGAUUUUGGAAGACAGGUCCCUGGCGGGCGGGGUGCAACUGCCUGCAAAGUGCAGCCCCCACCUGGACUCCCCCCUGGCGCUCGAUGUGGCACCCCAGCAUGCCCUUUGUUGGUCUCGUCUCACCCCCAGCUGAGGAGCCUGCAGAUAGGGCUGUUGAAUGUUGGACCCCGGAGAUCUCAGCCAGGCCAGAGGAGGGAGCCCAGGAAGAUCAUCACGGUUUGCGUCAAAGAGGAUGUCCAUUUGAAGAAAGCCGAGAACGCCUGGAAGCCAAGCCUGAAGCGGGAGACGCAAGCGGAGGACCCCGAGAGCAUCAAAACCCAGGAGCUGUUCCGCAAGGUCCGAAGCAUCUUGAACAAGUUGACUCCCCAGAUGUUCAAUCAGCUCAUGAAGCAAGUGACCGACCUGACAGUGGACACGGAAGAGAGGCUGAAAGGGGUCAUCGAUCUGGUGUUUGAGAAAGCCAUUGACGAGCCCAGCUUCUCCGUGGCUUACGCAAACAUGUGCAGGGGCCUUGUCAUGCUGAAAGUGCCCAUGGCUGACAAACCCGGGAGCACAGUCAACUUCCGCAAGUUGUUGCUGAACCGUUGCCAGAAAGAAUUUGAAAAGGACAAAGCCGACGAUGACGUCUUUGAGAAGAAACAGAAGGAGCUGGAGGCUGCCAUCAUGCCAGAGGAGAGGACUCGGCUUCACGACGAACUGGAAGAGGCCAAGGACAAGGCCCGAAGGCGGUCCAUUGGCAACAUCAAGUUCAUCGGGGAACUUUUCAAGCUGAAGAUGUUGACAGAAGCCAUCAUGCAUGACUGCGUGGUAAAGCUGCUGAAGAACCACGACGAGGAAUCCCUGGAAUGCCUCUGCCGUUUGCUGACCACCAUCGGCAAAGACCUGGACUUCGAGAAAGCCAAGCCUCGAAUGGACCAGUAUUUCAAUCAAAUGGAGAAAAUUGUGAAAGAGAGAAAAACUUCCUCAAGAAUUCGGUUCAUGCUGCAGGAUGUCAUUGACCUUCGGCAGUGUAACUGGGUUUCACGGAGGGCAGAUCAAGGCCCAAAGACAAUAGAGCAGAUCCACAAAGAAGCUAAAAUUGAGGAGCAGGAAGAGCAGCGGAAAGUCCAGCAGCUGAUGACCAAAGAGAAAAGGCGGCCGGGUGUCCAGAGGGUGGAAGAAGGAGGAUGGAACACCGUGCAGGGGGCAAAAAAUAGUCGUGUGCUGGACCCCACCAAGUUCCUUAAAAUCACCAAGCCCUCGAUAGACGAGAAGAUCCAGCUUGUGCCUAAAGCCCAGUUGGGCAGCUGGGGAAAGGGCAGCAGCGGUGGAGCCAAGGCCAGCGAGAUUGAUUGCUUGCGACCAAGUGCCACGAGCCUGAACCGCUUCUCUGCGCUGCAAGCGCCUGUGUCAUCUGUCUCUGGCGCCGCCCUGGAGUUGGAUCCUCGCAGGGCCUUGACUAGUCGGGGGAGCACCGGCAGGGAGAAGAACGACAAGCUGCCCCCCUCUGCUAUUCCCCGCCCCGGCGCCUUUUUGCGGCUCAGCAGCAGCAGCAAGGAGCAGCUCUUGGACAACCAAGCACAAGAGGAGCAGCGGAGGGAGAUGCUGGAGACCGUGAAGCAGUUGACAGGCGGCCUGGAGAGUGACCGGAAUAGCCCCGAGGUGGACAAGAGCAAAGCCAGGGAGGCGGUCAAAUCUGAAGUCUCCAUUCCUCACCCUCAAGAAAAGCCUGCCUUGUCCGAAGAGGAAAUCGAAAGGAAGUGCAAAUCAAUCAUUGAUGAAUUCUUGCAUAUUAACGAUUACAAGGAAGCGGUGCAGUGUGUGGAAGAGCUGAAUGUGCCUGGCAUUCUGCCAGUGUUUGUGCAAGUUGGUGUGGAAUCCACCCUGGAGAGGAGCCAGAUCACCAGAGACCACAUGGGUCAGCUGCUGUAUCAGCUGGUGCAGUCCGAGAAGCUCAGCAAGCAGGACUUCUUCAAGGGAUUUGCAGACACUUUGGAGACCGCGGACGACAUGGCUAUCGAUAUCCCGCACAUCUGGUUGUACCUGGCUGAAUUGGUGACUCCAAUGUUGAAAGAAGGAGGCAUCUCUAUGAGAGAGCUUGUGAUAGAAUUUAGUAAACCCUUACUUCCUGUGAGAAGAGCUGGUGUUCUGCUUUCCAAAAUAUUGCACCUUCUAUGCAAACAAAUGAGCCAUAAGAAAGUGGCAGCCUUAUGGAGGGAGGCUGGCCUCAGUUGGAAAGACUUCUUACCCGAAGAGGACGACGUCCAUGCCUUUCUCCUGGAGCAGAAGUUGGACUUCACAGAAACUGACAGUUCCAGUUCCUCAGAAGCACUUUCAAAGAAAGAACUCUCUGCUGAAGAGCUGAACAGGCAGCUGGAGAAACUCAUUGUUGAGGAGGAAGCCGGCGAUGAGCAGAUCUUUGACUGGGUCGAGGCUAAUCUCGACGAAAGCCAGAUGAGUUCACCUACAUUCCUUAGAGCUUUAAUGACGGCAGUUUGUAAAGCAGCUCUUAUAGUGGAUAGCUCUAGCUUGCGAGUGGAUACUGCCGUUAUCAAGCGGAGAGUGCCGAUCUUACUCAAGUACCUAGACUCGGACACAGAGAAGGAACUACAAGCACUUUAUGCACUACAGGCAUCAAUAGUAAAACUUGACCAACCUCCUAAUUUGUUACGGAUGUUUUUUGACUGCCUGUACGAUGAGGAGGUGAUAUCAGAGGAUGCCUUCUACAAAUGGGAAAGCAGCAAAGACCCGGCGGAACAGAACGGGAAGGGCGUAGCGCUGAAAUCCGUCACCGCGUUCUUCACGUGGCUACGAGAAGCUGAAGAGGAGUCUGAGGAUAAUUAAAACUGAAUACAAAAAAAAAAAGGAAGAAAAAAAAGAAAAGAAAAACAAACAAAAAACAAUUUAAGUAUUUUUUUAAAAAAAGUUUCAUGUCUUCGCCAAUCACAGUGCAGCAAGGCCAAUUCUCGCGCAGAACCCCCUUUCCCCACGUGUGCACGAGUGGGGAGAGGGACAAAAUAGUCACACACGCAAAGGCGAUCAUGGAGGACAGAAAGUACUUGAAAAUUCAAGUCCACGCAACCCUGAGGGCAGGAGCACUAAACCAAAAUACAUCUAUUAUUUAUAGAAACUAUUUUCUGUUUUAAUCUUUUUCAUUUUUAAACAAGGACUCAUACUUUAAGAAGAAACAAAUCUGUUUAGACAAAAAAAAUGAGAACUAUAAUUUAUUAUUUUAAGAACUGCAAAUGCCAGUGUAAUUUUUAAAUUUGCAGUUUCUGUAACAAAUUGUAUAAUAGACAAAAAAAGCAGAGAAAUAAAUUUCCCUCCCUUUCAGCUCCACCUCGGUUUUGUUUG